AUGCCUUACUUCAACCCGGUCAAAAGGCCUGUGACGAUAGUCGGCGCAGGUGUCGCCGGUUUAUCACUCGCCCGCGUCCUUUUGUCACGUGGCGUCCCCUCGGUCAUAUACGAAAAAGCAUCAUCCGCACCAAGACACAACUAUGCAAUAACUCUCUACCCUUUGAGAUUACAAUCUCUGCUUAAAGCGCUGCUGCCUAAGGCUAGUGAUGAUAAGACUAGUGUUGAAGCGAAAUUUCGUUCCUCUGUCGGUGUUGGCUCCGAAGGAACUAUGAACCCUUCAAAUGUGGUUUUGCAAGCGAGACGCAAAGGCGCGUUUAGAGCUAAUCGAGGAAGUCUCGAGAGGUAUUUGGCCACGGGCUUGGAUAUCAGAUGGAACUCAGCUGUUGAGAGAGUGGAGAAAGUGGCGAACGGUGGAUGGGUGCUUCAUUUCGAAGAUGGGAAAACGGUGGAAAGUAAGUAUGUUGUUGCUGCGGAUGGAAUUCAUUCUCCAAUCAGACAACUCCUUUUACCAGAUGAAAAGCCAACCGUGAUGCCUUGUGUGGUUUACAGUGGUAAACGACAAAUAUCGAGGGAGGUCUUCGACGCGAGUUUGGCUCAAAAUCUAGCGGGCAACACCCUAAUGGAAUAUUCGUUUGGCCAAACCGUAUUACAAUUUUCUGUCGAUGAGAUGAACCAGGAUCAAGUCUCCGUUAGAUGGACUUUUGUUCGAGAUGCAAAGAAGACGGAUGACCCUCUCUUCAAGCCAGAUAGAUCAUUCGAGGCCGCGACGGAAACUCCGCCGGAGUUAUUUUCAGAGAUAGAAGCCCUUGGAAUAAUGCCGAAGCCAUGGAAUUCAAUUGUCAACGUUGAAUCUAUGAAGGAGGAUAAAACUUACAAUUGGCUGAUGCGGUCGAUAGCUCUUGACCCAGUCGAUGUUCAGAAUCUUCGGCAACAGGGUUUAUUUAUCGUAGGAGACGCAGCAAACGCACGACCUAUUCUAUGGGGUGCAGGUGCGAAUCGAGUGAUGACGAAAAGUUCUUAUUGGGCUGAUGUCAUUGCUGAGGAGAGAGUUCAGCAACUUCAAAGGUCGAGGAAGAGCGAAAACACAGGGUUAGUGGCAGGGUUUAUCGAGGUGACCCGUAAAUACAACGACACGCAUCGUGUGCUUUCUCCGGAAGAAAGUACGGAGAAACGGGCAAAGAGGACAGCGAAACGGAGGGAAUGGAGAAAGCUGCAGAAGGAGAAGAGGAAAGGGAGUCAGAAAAAAGCCGAUGUAAAAGGGUUGGAGAAGAUUCGGAAGUCGAGUGGUCAGGGAAAGCCAGCAGAGAACAAGGAGGUGGAGGAUAGUAAAGUGACUGAUCUUCAAGACUUGGAAGAGGGCCAAAAGCCGAGUGAUCAGGAGAAGGUAGAAGAGACCAAGGAGGUGAAGGAUAGUAUAGUGGUUGAUAGAGAGAGUUUGGAUGAGGAUAAGAAGCUGAAUGGUCAGGAGAAGCCAGCAGAGAAUAAGAAGUGGAGGGAGAGGAUACAGUGA